AUGAGUUUACGAAUAACAACAUGGAAUGUCAACGGUAUUCGAAAUCCAUUUUCACACCACCCGUGGUUUGGCAAAACCUUCCAAGCAAUGUUCGACACCUUAGAAGCCGAUGUCGUUUGCAUCCAGGAGCUUAGAAUACAAAAGAAAGAUCUCAAGGAUGACAUGGUCCUAGUUCCGGGCUGGGAUUGCUUCUGUACGUUUCCCAAGCAUAAGAAAGGCUAUAGCGGUGUAGCAAUCUAUACCCGUCAAUCAAAAUGCAAUCCCGUGAAGGCCGAGGAAGGCAUAACUGGAAUUCUCGCACCCCCUGGUCGCGAUGGAAUGACAUACUUAUCCUUGCCAUCGUCCGAGAGCAUUGGUGGUUAUCCCAAGCUUUCGCCCGAGGAAGCUGCCUUACUUGAUAGUGAAGGCCGAUGUCUCAUCUUAGACUUUGGGGUAUUCGUCCUAAUCGGUUUAUAUUGUCCAGCGGAUACGGACCCUGCUAGGGAUGAUAUCCGUAUUGCGUUCGCUGCCGCAGUGGAUGAACGGGUUCGAAACUUGAUAGAGGUUGAAAAGCGGAGGGUAAUAGUCGUUGGAGAUAUGAACAUUGCGAGAGAUGAGAUUGAUAAUGCCGCCGCAAAAGAAAUUAUGAUGGAAUAUAAUUUAGAUAAUUACAAAGACACGCCAACACGCCAAAUUCUUCACAAUUUGUUGGAGCCGCAUACAAAUGGUGUCAUGGUCGACCUUUGUAGAGAAUUCUUCCCACAAAGGCGUGGGAUGUACACGUUCUAUGGAGUAAUCAGUGAGAAAAUAUUCGUCGGGGAGCGUGAGCAAUAUCUUCUUGAUAUUGUAAACCCCCCUGGCCUUUUUGUUGAUGGGAAGCGCCAGCCUCACAAAACCGCCCCGAGGUUAAAGCUAUCCGCACAAGCAUCUAGUGAGUAUACUAGGAGGCAGAAUAUACGGGACAUGUUUUCAAAAGUUGCGGCCCAACCAAGCUCCAGUCUUCAAGCGAAAAAUGCUCUUAAUACUCAUCCAAUCUCAAACACGCCCGGAACAUCCUUUACGGCUAUUAGCGGAUCCACACAAUGUGACCCAGCGGUUUCAGCGUCUUUAGGUACUACGAGAGAGCUUUCUAGUUCUCAGAAAAGCCUGUCAUUAGUCGGACCGCCAACGAAACGGCAAAAAAUCGUCCCGUCGGGCCCACCCGGGAAGAAACCCGUUAACGCGACCCCUAAGAAAUCCCAUGGCCAGCAGAGCUUGACGAGUUUCUUUAAAAAGCAAACAUCUACAGAGGAGAGUUCAACUACAUCAUCUGAACCUUCGUCAAGUCGACAAAGUCCUAAAGGCCCAUCCGCUUCGAUUUCAAGUACCAACGUCGACGCUGAGUUGCAGGAUGUAGAUUCGAUCCAAAAUUCAUACAUAGAUGAGGCAUUGACAGAGAGUGGACUCAUGAUGUCAUUUCAAGAGGAGGAAGGCGCAUUUCCUUUGAUUGAUCCCAUCGAAUCUAAGGACAAAUGGUCACAAUUAUUCACAAGGCCUGCUGUGCCGAGAUGUGAGGCACAUAACGAGCCUUGUAUCAAGUUAAUAACCAAGAAACCUGGCCCAAACGUCGGUAGAGCGUUUUGGAUGUGUUCAAGGCCACUUGGGCCUGGUGGGAGCAAGCUCACUAGUGGCCAGGCAGGAGAAUGGAGAUGUAACUUUUUCAAGUGGAGUAGUGAUAAACCUAAUGUCUAG